ACUCGUAAGCCUUCCAUUCAUUUUCAUUCCGACAUUCAGUUUGGUAACAGAUUGGUAGAACAACAACCGGCCAAAAAAAAUUAUUCCAAAAAUCAUUUGAAAAUUUGUCUAGUUUUCUAAAGAUGGAGAACGGUCCAGAAUUCAGUUGGGAGUACAGUCAUGGCGGUCAGGGAAAUCCGUACAGCUCUCAGGUGGGAUCCAACACUUCGCCUCCGGGUGGCGGUGGUCGUCAGUGGUUGCACUCGAAUCAGGCCAACACCCAAAACUUUAUGCACGGUUCGAGACCCCACGGAUCGGGAUCACAUCCACAUCAGGCUUCGCCAGGAGAUCCCUUCGGCUCCUACAACCAAAACAUGCUAAACAUGUACACGAAUUUCAAGCCCAGCUAUGGACACUCUCAAGUGGGCCCAGCCAUGAUCCAAGGAGUUGGUAGCGAAUUUAGUCAAGGAAUGGGUCAUGGAAUGGGUAGCGGAAUGUCUGAAUCUAUGGGAAUGAGUGAAUCUGGCAUGAAUCCGGGCAUGAAUCGGGGCAUGAGCAAUGGUCUUGGCGGUGGCAUGGGCGGUGGUUUUAUGCGUGGAGGUCAGAGGUUAGCUGGAGGCUACUCCGGCCGCUCGAAUGGUCUAAAUGAUCCCAACCCGUCCCAAUCCCAUCGAGGUAGUUGGUUCUAAACCAGUCCGUGGCUCCCAAGAUCCGCUAUAAAUAUCCAAUUAGAGAACUCGGGAAAACCUUGGCGUCUGUGAAUUUGGCAAUUGAAAAAUGCAACUCUGAGUAGGCAUCCUAAAAACUGUAUUUAUUUUGACAAUAAAUCGAAAUCUUUUGUUUAA